AUGGUACGCCUCGAAUACCAAUAUGAUUAUAUAGUCAUAGUGAAGAAUGUGACAAAGAAAAGUUCAUGUGUAUUGGAGGAUUCUAUUGGUGAAGUAAGUGAACCCAUUAUUCUGCUAACUACAUUGAAACAGCAACAUUUGCUACAACUGCAGCAUUCGACUAAUUUUCUUUUACUAACCUGUUCAUGGCAGUAUUUAAAUCAAUUGAAUAUUUCAAAUACCGUCUAUCAAUAUGUGCCUCAUAUUAUUUGGUAUCAAACAACUGCUGAUUUACAAGGAAGCAAAGAGGAAAUAAGCAAAUUAUGUGUUAGUAUACAUAGCAAUGGCUAUUUUCAGAAUCUAAUAUUAACAUCAAAAGCUCUGGAAGGAAACGAGGAUUAUUUAAAGUGUAAUAUACAAAAAGAUGUACAAACCGUCAGCCAAACAUUAUUCGCUAAUCCAUUUCUUAAUAUGCAGGGACUGCCGAUAGUCACAGAAUCGGAUCAAUUACCUCCACGCAGUAUUUUAUUUUAUGAUGAUUUUGGCCAAUUGCAGAUAACUGGCUUCAUUGCAAAUUACUUGACCACCUUUGCCGAAAGAUACAAUGCCACUCUGGUAAUAGUGCCACCAGCUAAUAUGGGAGUGACAGUGUAUUCCGAUCUUUUAGGUAAUAAAACAUUUCAAGGUUUACUAGAUAUAGCAGCCGUGGUGAAUCGUUUUACCAUGCACAACAGCACUUUGGAGACAUAUUCCUACCCCGUAGAGUUAAUGGAAUAUUGUUAUAUGAUUCCCUUGCCUCAUUUACGUCCAGCCUAUCAUGUAUUUUUGGAUAUUAUUGAACUGAAUGUCAUGCUUAUUAUACUUUGUUAUUCUUUUAUAUACGCCAUUUUACUUCAUAUCGGACAAUAUAAUAAUUUCAAAAAUUUGAAUGUGAUCGAUAUAGUGUUAAAUGAUAAAAGCAUACGCGGCCUAUUGGGUCAGUCUUUUGUGAUGCCCCGACAAACUUCGCUAUUUAUGAAGUACAUUUGUUUUUUGCUCUGCUAUAGUAGUAUACUAAUCUGCACCACAUAUGAAGCCUAUUUACAAUCUCAUAUGGUUCAUCCAUCUCUUGAAAAACGCAUGGAGACUUAUGAUGAUAUACGUAAAAAUAAUUAUAAAAUAUUAAUAAAUUAUCGAGAAUCAGUAUUUCUAUGUCCUGAAAUUUUAAAACAACAUAAUGAUAUCUUUGUUAAAGUAAGAGAUCUUGAAAGACUUUUAACAUUACGUCAGAACAUGGAUAUACGUUAUAUAUAUCCGGUCUCUCAAACUCGUUGGUUUGUGUUUAAUGAACGUCAGAAACUUUUUCAAAGAAAACUUUUCUACUAUUCUUCUCAAUUAUGUUUGAGCCAUUUGGAUUUACUAUCAUUUCCUCUACGACCUGGAUUGCCUUACCGCUACCAGUUUGAUCAGCAUUUAUUGGAUGUAAGAGAUACGGGUCUUUUAGAUCAUUGGUUGGAGAAUAAUUUUUUAACCAUGGUGAGUCUUAAACUGUCCUCUUUUGAGGAUUUAAGUAUCGCUGAUGAAUAUGGACAGGUUUUAGAGUUAAUGGACUAUUUAUGGAUAUGGAUUUUAUAUGCCGCCUGCAUUUUGUUUUCAUUAUUUGUGUUUUUAGGGGAGUUAUUGUAUUGUAAAGUUUUUAAAUGA